AUGAGCACCAGCAGGGGCGACAAGAAACCUGAGAGCGACAAGAAACCUGACACCUUUAUUUUGAGGCAGAUCAGGCACGAUGACUCGAAGUACUACCGAACACACGAAGAGCUAGGCAAGGGUACGUAUGGCACGGUCUAUCGGGUGGAGAAGAGGCAGAACGGCCAGAUGAUGGCGUGCAAGCUGCAGCAGGUGAAAGGCUCGUACGAGGAAUGGGCGACGAAGCGGGAGCUGGACGUGUGGCGGAAGGCCGCGAGCUGGUCCAAGUACGUGGUGCAGGUGUACGACGCGUCAUACAAUGUCGACACGCGCGAGGUGCGAAUCUACACGGAGCUGCUCGAGGGCGGCGACCUGCACCGGUUCAUGAACAACAUGUACACCAGCAGCCGGGACGAGAAGACGCGGCGGAUCCAUCCGCUGAUCGUCGCGCACGUGUCGUGGCAGCUGGCCUGCGCCCUCGCCGACAUCCAAGCGGCCCACAUCCUGCACCGCGACAUCAAGACGGACAACGUGCUCAUGACCAUGAAGGUCACGCCCGGGAUGAACCAGGCGCUGUGGCGGCUGAGCGAGGGAAAGGCGCUGGAUGCGGCCGCGGAGAAGCACCUCCUUGACCACCACGCCAUGCUCGCCCGCAAGGACGACCGUCUCUGCGUGCUCACCGACUUCGGGCUCAGCCGGGACAGGACGGUGCAGGAGCGGUCGGCGUACACCAUGGCACCGGGCGCGCGGUGGACGCUGGGCACCAGCGCGCCCGAACUGCUGUUCUACAACCACCAGUCGCCCAUGGCCGACGUCUACAGCGUCGGCGUGCUCAUCAACAUGAUCUGCACCGGCCGGAGCCCCCCGCCGGCGGGGACGGCCUUCCCUCGGCUGCCGUCGUGCUACGACGCGGAGCUGCAGGAUCUGGUCGACGAGUGCCUCUCGAUCGACCCGGUGGACCGCCCGACGGCUGGCAGCAUGAGCUCGCGCUUGUAUGCCCUGCGGCUGAAGGAAGGCGAGCGCAUCAACAAGCUCUUUGGCGCGCAGCAGCAGUAUAAGCAGUACCAGGAAUGGAUGGUGCGCGAGCGCGAGCGACAGAAGGACGUGGAGCGCCGGGCGCGCGAGCGCGACCAGGCCGCUGCCCCCGUGUGGCGGCAGUCCAUCACCGACUGGGCCGACUUCCAGAAGAGGCAGAAGGAGGAGGAGGCCAAGCAGCUGCCGGCACGGCCGGGCGCCCAGUACACCAAGGCCGAACGCGCCGCCUUCCUG